UGGCAACGACCAGUGUGUGUAGGGGAGAAGAGGGAGGAGAGAGUGCUUUCUUAAUAAAGACACUUGUCACAACCAUUGGACUUACCAUCCAUUUGCCUUUAGUUUGAACAACUGCCUGCUGCUAAUCCCAAUACUGAGCUGGACAUGGCAUUCAAUGGAAAAUGGAAAAUCCACAGUCAGGAGAACCAUGAAGAGUUUCUUAAAGCAAUGGCUGUCCCUGAGAUGUUGAUCAAAAUGAUCAAGGGUGUCAAGCCAACGACAAUAAUUGAGCAGAAGGGUGACGACUUCACCAUCAGAGUUGAGACUCCCCUCCGUACUGUCACCAACUCAUUCACUAUAGGGAAGGAGGCAGAACUGACUGCCAUGGAUGGGAGAAAGUUUAAGUGUACUGCCAGACUGGAGGAUGGGAAGCUCAUCUGCGAUACAGAGAAGUUCUCCCACAUCCGAGAAAUCCAAGGGGAGAACAUGGUUGAGACUAUCACUGCGGCCUCAACAACCCUCACCAGGAUAAGCAAGAGAGUCUGAUCUCUAAAGCCACAGACAAGGAUUACAUUUUCAAUUAAUUAAUUUAAAUGACCUUUUUUCUCAGGUAAUAUAAUAGCUAUAAAAUAUUACAUUAAAAUGACAAAUGACUCGACAUUGCAUCUGUUCAUUUUAUGUCUAAUUUGGACACAUGCAUUUUAAAAGCCCCAAAGCAAAUGUACUUCCCUAACAAAACCAAUACAAAAUGGAUGGCUUUUCCUGA